CAGAGCAGACGCACCAAAGUGACAAACAAGAAAGGGGAUGUCAGUGUCACACUCAAGAGCCGGAGUGCACACAGCACUGUAACAGACAAAGGGCGCAACACAACAGCACUCGUCAUCUCUCUUAUGCAGAGUCUUUGAAAGUAGGCUACCUCAAGCCUGACAUUUGGCAUUUUGGAAAUGACCUGACACCACCUGGUAGACUGUGAUGAACUGAAACCUUUUCCAGAUGGCUGAUAAAUACAUGAAGAGACACAUGUAGACACACGCAGAGAAGAGGAGCAUCAUGGGAGAUCUGCCCAGCAAACGCUGUCGGGAAUCCAGCACCUCCAGUACUGAGGACUCCUCAUCCUCCCCAAGCUACCAUGGACCCCAGCGGACAAGAACUCAGAUAGGUGACCAGAGUAUGUCAGUGGCCCUCUAUAACUUCCCGCCAGAGGGGCCAGCAGCUAACACUAUCUGUAUUGGAGACAGGCUCAACAUCAUAUCAGAUGCUGGUGAGAUGUGGAAGGUGAAGGUGACAUCAAUUGGCAAAGACAGCUACAUACCCAAAGCAUAUGUCGCCAAGGUGACCAACAAGUGGCAGUAUGAGGGUAUCAGCAGGGCCAAGGCAGAGGAGCUGCUGCUGAGGCCUCAGAACCAGUCGGGCUCCUUCAUGGUCCGCCAGAGCCAGACCUGCAAAGGAUCCUACUCGUUGUCUGUAGUGCAAGGACAAGGCUCGGUCCUGGUGGUCAGGCACUAUCGUGUCCACUGCCUCCUCAACGGCUGGUUCUAUAUCUUCACCACACACACCUUCCCCACCCUCAGCAGACUGGUGGACCACUACUCUGAUUCCAUAGAUGGAUUAUGCUGCUUGCUGAGAAAACCCUGCCACAUACAGGGCUCUUGUAGCCACUUCACGCAGCCCAUCCCCUCCCCCAAGUUUGUCAGAAAGCCCACCUUUAACUGGAAGAGAGCAAAAAGGUCCAUGAUCUUCCCCAAGGACGAGGAGCAGGAGGAGGAGGCUGACGAGAGCCCCUUCAGCGAGGGUCUACGGGAAGCCAUGAGCUCAUAUCUGCUGAUGUCACAGGAGGAGGCCGAGGAGAGUGAUGACUGUGAUGACACAGCAGACGGCAGACAUUAGGAUUGGCUGUAAAAAAGACUGCUCUAGACACUUAGCCAGGCCGUGGCCUCCUAGUGACGCAACACCUUCAGCGUUGCAACUACUCAGGUCAAGAGCAAUGCAAGUACUUUCUGCGUUCCAGAAAAAACAGGAACUCCUUUCACUUUGUCAUGAAGCAAACAACCAUAAGCAAACCAAGGGAGGCGGGUCACCCAUGCCGUUUGGGAAAUGUUAAUUGUUAUGCUCUUGGUCAGACCAACUCUGGAAGAGAUUUGAACGUCGAUGAUAAUCAGGCUACUCGACAUUGCCCAUUUCCUCAUGAAGUCUACGUAUGUCGCAGAUGUAUACCACAUGAUGCUGUCCAAAGUGACUGAAUGGAAAUGCAUGCCAAAGACAAUAUUUUGUUUUGUUUCUUUGUUUGUCUAUAUUCAAUUUGCACAAGUGUGGGAUGCUGUUAACUUGAGAGGGCUCCUGCAUUUGAUGUUGUGCAUUUAUAGCAAUUCUUGGCGGACACUGCAAGACACGAUGUCUUUAAUGACCCUUGGAUUCCAUGUCACUCUCAUGGACUCAUGGAUUUAUGAGUUUGAGGAUGAUUCUACAAAAACUGUUGUCAGCAAAAGAACAACAAUAGAGGAAAACAACUGAAACCAGCACAACAAAUUCAGCUAUAAAAAAAGAGACUUCGACCCUGUCCACACGUACUAUAUCAUAUCUUGUAAACAUCAAUUUUGGCCUCUUGUUUACACGUAAGUGGAGUUUUAAAAAUCUCCUCUUAAAACUCAAGUUUUAAAAAUAUAAAUUUUAGGGAGUUUAAAUGCAACUGUCACAAUGGUGUUUUUACUAUUAUCCACAUGUGGUAUGUAAAAAGAUUACAAAAUUAUCCAUGUUGUCCAAAUGUCCACAUACACGUACGUAUAAUCAAGGUCUUUUUAAACGUGACACCCUGUCAAACAUUAGCAUAUUGAUUGCUUAUUAAACAGACAUAUUAUGUGUACCUCCAGGUGUUGUUUGUUUAAUAAGCAACCUGUCUAUAGUUUAGCCUGACAUUACCUGAUGUGGGCUUAGCCUACUUUAUUCUGUCCUACAAAAGAAAAGUGCUUAUUAUUAAGUGCAGGCAGAAAGAGACUGAAAAAAGUCAUCAAAUUUGUCAUAGUGAAACAUUUUGCAGGACUGUGGUAUUUUAUAUGUAUUUUCUUAAUAGGUAGCACACAAUUUGGUCAAAAAACAAACGACCCAUUAUAAAAUCAAUUGCCAUUUAUAUCAUACAUUUUAGUUUUAAUUUUAGGCUGUCUUUUGACUUUGUACAGUUGGCUAAAAUAUUUUGUACAGCAUAAACUGUAGUAUUUUUAUUUGUACAGUAUUGUAUUGUAUUUUGAAGAUAAAAAGGAUUCAUUCCAAAACAGAUGCAUGUUCACUUAAAGUGAUGUGGACGACAAUUGUAUCUCUUCUCCUCGCUCAUUACUUUCCUCGGUCAUUCAUUUCUAUUUAUUUCCAUUCAUUUUUUCCCUUCAAUGUGUUUUAUUUUGUAUUAAAGGGGGACUAUGCAGCACUUAAGUUUGUCAAUAAGAUGGUUCUUAAUACUUUUUUUGUCUUAUUGUAAGGCCAAUGAACAU